AGGUUCACUUCUUUGGCAAUGUAGCACUUGACAACAAAAUCAACGAUGCAACAGCCAGCAUUCUCUGCCUUCGGAUAAUCAUCGUACAGAGAACUUACAUCGAGUAUCGUGAUUGGCGGUACAGCCACUUCAACAUCUUGAGGCCAGCUUGAACGAACACUCUGACUUGCGUGUGUUUUCCCUGGCGCAAGGUCUUACAGGUUCCACAUCGUCAUGGUCAGGGUAUACCAACUCCUAAAUCCGCAGACCGUGAUUGGCUCGUUGUGACGUCACUGGAGAGAGCACUCGAUUGCAUUACAGGCUCGCUCCAUCGCAGCGUUCAUAAGGAAGAUCAGAGUGCAGGUGCCGGUGAUUCAACGACUAUAAAGGCUUACCGGAAAUUUCAUUAUCUUUCUACAUGCUCUCCCGAACUAUUUUGUCCAAUACAUCUCGCUUUAUCAGAAACACCCCAUUUUGUACCGCCUUCUCGAAUCGCAUAUGCUUGCGCGCCAUGUCAUCCAAGACCCUCACCCAGGCAAUUAAGGAGGACCACGAAGAGAUGUAUGAGUAUCAUGACCAGUAUACACGUGCCCAUGAAAAUGCCGAUGUCGAUGCGCAAGCACGUUGGGCCACUCAGCUUCGAUGGGAAAUAGCACGACACGCUGUUGGAGAAGAAAUCAUUGUAUAUCCCUUGAUGGAGAAGCACCUAGGAGAGAAAGGCAAGAAGCUAGCAGACCAUGAUCGAGAGGAUCAUCUUAAAGUAAAAGAUGACCUCUAUAAGCUGGAAGCAAUGAAGCCCGGCUCAGAUGAAUUUCAUCGUCUGCUUUCUAGAAUGAUGGUGGAUUUGCAUCGCCACAAUGACGAUGAAGAAAUCGAUGACUUACCUCUCUUGGAACCUGCGAUCGGAGAACAGGCCAGUAGACAGUCCGCCCAGAGCUUCAAGACAACGAAAAAAUUUGUUCCGACAAGGUCACAUCCUUCAGCCCCUAACCAGCCUCCGUUCGAGACCUUCGUAGGUUUCCUUGCUGCACCCUUUGACAAGAUCAAGGAUGUCUUCGCGACCUUCCCUACUGAAGAGGAGAUGGCGGAGGCUAAGUCCGAGCUGGAAACCCGAGAUCAUGAUGCCGCAGCAGGUAGAGUUGCAGGGAAUCAUUGAGGAGCUUGGUCGGGUAGAAUAACAAAACUGACCAUAUUUACACCUUGAAACGCCUCUUUCUUUUCCUGAAGUCGGAGGCAUGCAAACUGUCGGCAACUACUGAAAUCUGGAUUGGUCAUACUCACAUUGAAGUCCUUGCACAGGUGGCAUCUACACGUCCCAGAAAGGGGCAGCCGUAAGUACGAAUGUGGCCUUCACAAAUGAAGACCUGAGGAGCGUGACCAAUCGAAUCGAGCAUUAAAACGAAGUCGGAGAACAUUGACAAAGAAGGAAGAGCAGCAAGGAGGACAAGAGGGGUAAUGAGUGACAUAUAGAGCACAAAGAUAGAAAAACAUAGUGUUGUAUGUCGGAACAAAUACACUGCUGCC